CAGCGAUGUGGGAGUAUUCAGUAUGUAGCCCUGCCCGCGUUUUGUCCCUCCGCUCCCAAAACAAGGAAAAGUAUAGAAACACAAAUACUUUCUUUAUUCGGCACUUUUAAAAUUUAUAGCGCGACUGAAAUAACACCGCGUGCACACGGAAGCAGCCACUACCGGAGCGCUGGAUUAUAGUUUUUACAACUGCAUAUCAUCCAGUAUGUCAAAUAUGGGGAACUUUAUCGAAACCGAUUCAUAGAUAUCAACUUGAUUAAUAGAGCCGAGCGAUCAAAAGGCAGGUCUGUCGCGGUUUGGAUACUUUACUGACAACAAAAGACCGGUUCUCUUCAUUGAUCGGUCAGAGGGUGAGAAUGGGGCAUCCUCCGCUUGAGUUCAGCGACUGUUACUCCGACAGUCCAGAUUUCAGAGAAAGAUUGAAAUGCUACGAAAACGAGCUGGAGAAAACCAACAAGUGCCUGAAGGAUGUCAUCAAGGACGGGAACAGCGUGAUUAACACGAUUAAAGAGUACUCACUAGCGGUGCAGAAGUUCUCUCAGACCCUUCAGUCGUUCCAGUUUGAUUUCAUUGGUGACUCUUUGACUGAUGAUGAGAUGAACAUUGCUGAGUCAUUUCGAGAGUUUGCUGGUUUGCUGCAGGACGUGGAAGAGGGUCGAAUGAUGCUGGUACAGAAUGCAUGUGACUUGCUUAUCAAACCAUUGGAAAAGUUUAGGAAAGAGCAGAUUGGGGUCACAAAAGAGAGACGAAAGAAAUUUGAAAAGGAGAGUGAGAAGUAUUACUCUCAGUUGGACAAACAUAUGACCCUGUCCUCAAAGAAAAAAGAGACACAGCUGCAAGAGGCUGACGAACAGUUAGAUAAGGAGCGCCAGACAUUUUAUGAGUCGUCUGUUGAAUAUGUGUACCAGAUCCAGCAGGUCCAGGACAGGAAGAAGUUUGAUGUUGUGGAACCUGUUUUAGCAUUUCUGCAGAGCAUCCUAACUCUGAAUAAUCUCACUGUGGAGAUGACGCAGGACUUCCUUCCAUAUAAACAGGAGCUUCAGCUCAGUCUACAGAACACGCGUAACAACUUUGAGAGCACUAGAGAGGAGAUGGAAGAGCUGAUGAAGAGGAUGAAGGGGUCCGCACAGAUCUGUAUUAGACAUGGCCAGCAGGCGACUAUGGAGGGAUACCUUUAUGUGCAGGAAAAAUGGGCGCUUGGCGUAAGCUGGGUGAAGUAUUACUGUAAAUACUUCAAAGACAGCAAGUUAUUCAUCAUGGUGCCAGUGGAACAAAAGACGGGAACCAAACAGACUACAUCUCAGCUCACGUUGAAGUCCUGCGUGCGCCGUAAAACAGACUCCACUGAUAAACGCUUCUGCUUCGACAUUGAAACAAAUGAAAGGUGCAGCCCUGUCCUGCUUCAGGCUAUCUCUGAGGUCAACAGGAAGCAGUGGAUGGAGGCCAUGGAUGGAAAAGAACCAAUUUAUCACUCUCCGAUUCAAAAGCAGGCAGAGAUGGAGCUAAAUGACCGUGGCUUCAAGUUCGUCAGAAGAUGCAUAAAUUUUGUGGAAACAAAAGGGCUGACUCAGGAAGGAGUCUACAGGACUGUGGGCAGCAACAUUCAAGUACAGAAACUUCUUAAUGCCUUCUUUGACCAAAAGUGUCCAGCUGAUGUAGAUUUCAAUUCCAAUGACAUGGACAUUAAGACCAUCACUAGUGCUUUGAAAUUCUAUCUGCGGAGUCUGAGUGAACCACUGAUGACCUACAGUUUGCACGGAGAACUGAUCUUAGCAGCAAAGUCGGAGAAUCUGGACUAUCGGUUAGGGGCGGUUCACUCGCUUGUUUACAAACUCCCAGAGCGGAACAGAGAGAUGCUGGAACUGCUAAUCAAACACCUGGUCAGUGUUUGCAGUCACAGCAGUGAAAAUCUCAUGACCGUGUCAAAUAUGGGUGUAAUAUUUGGCCCCACUCUUAUGAGAGCUGAGGAGGAGACUGUAGCGGCCAUGCUGGAUAUUAAGUUCCAGAACAUCGUCAUGGAGAUCCUCAUUGAGGACUACAGCAAGAUCUUUAAGGGUCCUCCUGAGGAAACCACGCCGCCUCCUAUCCCACCUCCAAGGGUGACACCACGAAGAAGGCAGCCAAUCACAAUCUCAAAACGCCCACCCCGGCUCUACCCCGGCCUUCAGCCUCCAGUUUUUGAGCGGCGAGAGCAAAAUGGUGCAACCCACAAUGACGGUGAACCCGAGGGAGACACCGGUCUCACCAGUCCGGUUCCUCAUCAGAGAACAAAACUGGCACCUCCUUCCAUCUCUCCUCCAUCAAUCCCGCUCUCCUCUCCGAUAUCUCGGAAGCCUGCUCAACCCAGAGCUGCUCUCCGGCCCUUGGAUUCGGACAUCAGCAGGGUUGAAGCUAGGCUACAGGAUGGCCAGAGGACAGACGCCAUGGUGGCGACCAAUGGGGAAUCGGGAGUGACAGUGAACCGAGUUCAAUCUUUCCAAGGGAAGGGGCCACUACUCAGAGGAACAGCUGGAGAGGCUCAGGGGCUGAAAGGACGGUCUUUCUCAGAGAAGAGUUCCAUCUGUCGGCCACCCACUCGACCACCAGAUCCACCCUCUCGUCUCCUCAAUAAAACAUCUAAUGAAGACACUCCAGCAUCGUAUGUCGCCUCCAAAACCAAAUUUUUUGAGAACGCUUCCAGGCAGAUGGGAAGCUCCUCUCCGAACGCCUCACCUGCAGCUACUAAAGAUGAGAACACUAAAUAAGAACAUCCUUCCAGUCACUCCUACAACUUGUGAAUCAGUGUCUUGUGGACCAAUUAAUUAAUUUUUUUUUUGGCGUGUGUGUUUGAUUGAGUUGUCAAGGGGGCUUUUUUUUUUUUUGGCGCCAGUUUUUUUGCACUUGCUUACUUUGCCGUAAAACUAAGUCUUUGAUUCUUGCCUGGAUCAAAGAUCAAAAAGAAAGCAUUGAAUCCUUUUUUCUUUCUUAAACAUGCUGACCUUCCUGCGCACAACAGGGAAAACUCCCACUUGUUCUCACUCAUUGUGUCUCUCAGUAUCUCCCUUUUCUGUGAACUAUUUAAUAGAGCGAUAAGACUUAGGGUUUUACUGUCUCACUCUACAGACGCACUACAGACUUCACUUUAAGAGCGACAGAAGGUGGAACAGCCCAGUUGAAUUAUAUAAUAUUCUGAAUCAACACUAAUCAGUAUUUAAUUACGCAAGAGCUGAACAUCCUUCUAUUAAUUAUCUGUUAUUAUCUCAGUAAUUAGUAACUGGAAGGAGAUGAAUGACCUGGGUCCUGGUUCUGAAUGUUUUUGACAAGCGGAAUAGUUACUGUAAUUUGCAACGUGUUUCUCCUUUUAUCUGCUGGGACACGAUAGCGGUUUUCCCAAGAAAAAAAAAAAACUAAAAAGGGAUUGAGGAACUUUUGUUACUUCAGCUAGUUCAUAGAGCAAAGUAUGCUUCAGUAAGCUUUUCUCUCCAUCUCUCUUGCCCUUUUUCUUUUUAAAUUAUCAGCCGACCUUACUGAUAUAGAGAUCAGUUUCGUUAUUGAGCUUAACCAGACUUUUAAGUCUCAAACUUUGACUGAAACACGAGCCUUUAUCGGUUUCUUUGGUCAGUGUGAAUCUUAAAUGUGAAAGCUAAAGAUUUCGUCUCUUUCUCACUUUCACAUAACUGUAAAUGUGGAAAUAAGAAAAAAGAAUACAUGUCAAUAGGUUUUUGUAACUUAAAGUUGAAAUUUUAGGUCAUGUUUUGCGGAUUUGGCAUGAACUCAGUUUUGAUUUGAAGCAGACUGGAGCGCAUUCCUAGGUAUUAUUAUUAUUAUUAUCAUAAAGUUCCAAAUUUCUAGUUGCCGUUUUAUGUAUUUUUUGUAAAUAUUUUGUUGUUUCUUAAGCCGUUUGUUAAGCUCUUAACACCUAACAGUCACUAAACCGUGUUUUUGUUUUUGUUUGAACGUACUGCUGCAAGAAAAUGCAAAUUUAUUAAAAAAAAAAAAAAAAAGAUGACGUGUGUUUGUUUUGUUCCUAUUAAGGAGCCAUAGGUAAAAGUGCACUGAGCCAACCCAGGGUAGACUAAAUCCAUACAAUGAAAUGACCUCAUGAUAGAUAGAAAUAAAUAAAUGAUGGGAAGGAGAGCAGACCUCUGAAAUCUAGUUAAAUUAAAACAGCUGUGCAUCAGUCAAAAUCCAAAGUGCAAAAAAAACCAAAAAACAAGUCACGGCCUGAAGAGGUUAAGCAAUUUUCCACCACAGAAAUGCUUCUCAUGCCCAGUUGCUUUUGCGUGAUAUUGCUUAGGUCCGACUGAGGGUGUGUCUCAUGAAAAAAAUAGCAGAGAACAUCUUCAAGAUUUUCAAAUGUUUUUUAUUAUUAUUAUUAUUGUUGAAUUGAAAGCUGUAAAACACAAACGAACCCGAUUUACACAGGCAUUACACAACAGGAAUCAGAUAAGCGAUUUUCCAUACGAGUAGAAAUCGGUUCUCAAACUGCUCGAAAGAAAUCGUCAGAUAACAACUGUCAAUACAACACUACAUAUCAGUACUAAAUAAUCUGCGAAAAAGCGUGCAUGCACAGACACACACACACACACACACACACACUCACGCAACUGCUGUAAAAAAAGACUAGAAAGUUACAAAGAUUUAAGUAACAAACAUCAUUUAAGAAGCCAGAAUUUCCUCUUCUAGUCAUAUAAAGCCAAACUAUCUAGCUCCUCCUUCUGCAUAUGGAAAAGCGAAAAAUAUCCCAUAACACCAGGAAAAGACAGGAAUUAUUCACACCAGAGAAAAAGCUGUAAAAAAGCAUUCGCCAAUGAUUAGUCGUGUAAUUGCUCGUAUCAGCCAGCGAAGGGUUCAAAAAUCAUGUCAUUGUUACAUAUAUGGGAGUUUACAAAGCUGAAACAGGACAGAAAAUAGACACAGCUGAGCCUGCAAACGAUUCAUAUGGAUGCAUUAGCACAUUGAGUGUCUGUAAACCAGUGUGGCGCUCUCAGUUUAACAUACAACUUUAUGUCAAGAUGCUUCGCAGUAAUACACACAUUAGAAAGCGUGAGAAAUUACUUCCCUCAUUGCUGGGGAAAAUAUAUCAGUGAGACAUUGUUCGGCAAGAUUUUUGCACUGAAAGACCAAUUUAUAACCACAGGAAGCAUCCCAGUGACAUGCAGACUGUUAUUAAGACUCCAGGUUUUCUUGUUCGUGUGAGAGCACAAACAUUAGUAGGAUCCAAGCAAACUUUUUUUUUUUUUUUUUUCUUUUUUUUUUCUUUUUUUUUUAAAACGCAGGCCAAAUUCAAUAUUUAGCAAAAGACCCCAAAAAUGUCUUAUUGCUUUCUUCCCUGUUUGCUCCUUUGAGGGCAGCUAAGCAGAGGCCGCUAACAGAUUUACAAGAGCGCAUAUAAACACACACACAUAUGCUUUUGCUAUUGGUUGACCACACUGCACACACACAGUAACAGUAAAUCCUAAGACUUUAAUUGAAAACCAACACGCAACGUUCUACAUCGUAGGCUCAUAAGAGACGUGUUAAGAAAGUCACAAAUCUGCGUAUGGAUCAUCCAAGCGAGAGUCGGUCUCGCGAGCGCGGCGCGAGCCGAGAGAGGUGUUACGUCAGAGUGUCGCUAACUGACGUAUUACAAACGUUUCAUUGUAAACAGACAAUUAUAAGACAGCGUCUCUGGCAAAGGCGAGUGUGAAUGGACUACGUCGGUGUUUACAUGCAAGUGCCCCCUCCGAAAGUCCGCCGGGUAAGGAACGGCUUUGUGUUCAGACCUUGGCUUCGGCUCUGUCCUAAAGCGUUACAUGUUUGUGGUGAAAGUCAUGAGUUCUUUUUUUUGGCAAGGUAAAAGUGCAGUUUGGAGUUCUGCAAAUUCUAAUGAGCGCUUUUGGGCCAUCUAAAUGGGUAAACACCUGCGUGUAAUUGCGCGGUGCUCGGUGCUGUCAGCGCAGAGGAGCUGUCUCUGACAGCCUAUUCUCUGCCUGGCACAUUUAAACCGUCAACAUGCUCCGCGGCGACAAGAGCUCGAGCAGCUAAACCGCAUCUCGUCGUUUUAACUCGGCGGAAAACUCCCUGCUCUGCCGAAAGUACACCCCAGGUCACCCCAGGCCUGACAAAGACAACACAGUGCCGCAAUUUUGGGGGCUCUUUAAAGAGUAAUCUACAUACAUAACGCUGCAAGCAUUAUUCAAUCAUUUAGAAACGGAUAGCAUGAGGAGGAAAAAAGUUGACAAGACGUCUAGAAAAACGCGCUGCACCGGAGUAUGAGGAAAGCGAGUAAAGAUGUUCCUUUCUGACAGAUAAAUACAGAAUGCUUUAAUUGAAGCGAAAGCGGUUUUAAAAAAAAAUACAUAUGCCGUGUUUUUUUGUCUUUUGUUUAGAGCAAGAGUUCAGCCAAAAAUGAUUAUCUGUCAUCAUUAACUCAACCUCAAGUUCUCCCAAACCUGUAAGAGUUUCUUUAUUGAAGACUUGAGAUAUUUUGAAGAACGCUGGUCACCAAACAGCAAGCGGUAGGUUUUUUUCCCCAUUCUGUGCAAGUCAGUGGCCACCAGAAAGUUUUAAUUUUCUUUUGUGUCCAACAAAAGAAAUAACGCGUAGUCUGCAGGUUUGGGAGAACUUGGGUAAAUGACAGUUCUCAUUUUUGUGUGUACUGUCCUGUUUACACCCUCGUAAAUAAAGAGGAGAGCUUUAGCACCGCUUGUCGUUGAUGAUGAUUAAGAUAUUUGGUACGAGUUUCUGAUAAAAUAACAGUACUGCCCUGUGUUAGAACAUAGGCAUAGCUU